AUGCAGCACAAUGCCUCUACGUGUUUGAAGAUGAACAGGAUCGUCACGUAUGCCACGCAGGCGAGAGGCUAUUUUCCACAAGGGAGCAGUGCGAUCACAUCCACACCGUUGGAACAGAUUGAAGAGAUGUAUUGGAGGAAUCUGACUAUGAUGAAAAUAAGGAGAUACUUAAGGGGCAGUGGGAGAGUGCUGGCAUUCGUGUUCGUCGCAUCUAUCAUAUGGCUGAUCUUUGACAUGGCAGCCUUACGGAUGUCAAUAAACGACGUGAACAGCCAGCUGCUUAAAGAGAGAGUCAUCAGGGAGAGGGAAGUUUUCAAGCAACAAUCCAAGAUGUCUCAAGUGAUAAAGAAUGGAUUUGGACACCCAGUUCAAAGGGUCAACGCAGAUGGGUCACAGGUCAAUAAUGAACCCCUCAAAGUGCACAGAGUGGCUGAAAAUGUCUACAGAGGGAGGAAAAGAGGACCAUUUGUGGGAGACAAGAAGAUGGACUCUAAUCAAGUGGUGCUUCCUGCUUUGGAUGACACCAAAGCAAAACGACAAACUGAAAAGCCUUCCAAAAUGCGUGUGGAUUUGGAUAUCAAUGAGAAAAAUCAGUUUGACAGUAAACUUAAGACCACUACAAAGAUGGCAGCUGUCAAAUCUAUUAACAAAGGGGACAAUGUUCUUCCCUCUUCCUCUUUCUUCAACGAGCGCAGACUGUGUUAG